CAUUUAUUUAGGUUGACGUUACAGUUGCCGUCGGUGAAAUAAAGAGGCCAAGAAAGUGUCAAGUUUCGCUCCACUGCAGUCUCAGCGGAAAGGGCGUGGUUGUCCUUUGUCCCCGCCCACUUGUCCAUAUAUGGUCCGUCUGGCGGUGCGCAAGGCGGCUACAUCCACCCGGCAAAAUUCGGCACGAGAUCUCGGUGUGCUUCCCGGUCUCGAUAACGAAGUAGCCUUCUACAACCAUGCCAUCCGACUUGGCCAAGAAGAAGGCAGCGAAGAAAAAGGAGGCGGCCAAGGCCCGCCAGCGGACCAAGAAGCCCGAGGAGGCGAAUGGGGAGAGCGAGCAGCCCGAGAGCCACCAGAACGGAGCCGACACUAACGGUGUUGCCAGCUUGACCAAAGAGCUGGAUGAAUUUGAGCUGCAAAAGACAGAAGCCCGGGCGGUGACCGGCGUCUUGGCCUCACACCCCAACAGCACAGACGUCCACAUCAGCAGCCUGUCGCUCACCUUCCACGGCCAGGAACUUCUCUCAGACACAAGUCUGGAGCUGAACUCCGGCAGGCGCUAUGGCCUCAUCGGUCUCAACGGCACAGGCAAGUCCAUGCUGUUGUCGGCCAUUGGCCACCGUGAAAUUCCCAUUCCAGAGCACAUAGACAUCUACCACUUGACUCGGGAGAUGGCACCCAGCGAGAAGACGGCUCUGCAGUGUGUCAUGGAGGUGGAUGAGGAGAGGAUCAUGCUGGAGAAGGAGGCAGAGAGGCUCGCUCAUGAAGACGCCGAGUGCGAGAAGCUGAUGGAUCUGUACGAGCGUCUGGAGGAGCUGGACGCCGACAAGGCCUCAGUGCGAGCCUCCCGGAUCCUUCAUGGUUUGGGUUUCACCGCUGCCAUGCAGAACAAGAUGCUCAAAGACUUCAGUGGAGGCUGGAGGAUGCGCGUGGCUCUGGCCAGAGCGUUGUUCAUCAAGCCCUUCAUGCUGCUGCUGGAUGAGCCGACGAACCACUUGGAUCUGGACGCCUGUGUGUGGUUAGAGGAGGAACUCAAAUCGUUCAAGCGGAUCCUGGUCCUCAUCUCACAUUCGCAGGACUUCCUGAACGGCGUGUGCACCAACAUCAUCCACCUGCACCAGAGGAAGCUCAAAUAUUACACGGGUAACUACGACCAGUAUGUGAAGACCAGAGAGGAGCUGGAGGAGAACCAGAUGAAGCGCUUCAACUGGGAACAGGACCAGAUCGCACACAUGAAGAACUACAUCGCCAGGUUCGGUCACGGCUCUGCCAAGCUGGCCCGUCAGGCUCAGAGCAAAGAGAAGACGCUGCAGAAGAUGGUGGCGUCGGGACUGACUGAGCGUGUUGUGAAUGACAAGACUCUGUCAUUUUAUUUUCCUCCCUGUGGGAAGAUUCCUCCUCCUGUUAUCAUGGUUCAGAAUGUGAGCUUCAGAUACAGCGACGCCACGCCGCACAUAUACAAAAACCUGGAGUUUGGUAUCGACUUGGACACCAGAGUAGCUCUGGUGGGGCCCAACGGAGCGGGAAAGUCCACCCUGCUGAAGCUGCUGAUGGGAGAACUUCUCCCCACCGACGGCAUGAUCCGCAAACAUUCUCACGUCAAGAUCGGAAGGUAUCACCAGCAUCUGACGGAGCAGCUGGAGCUGGACUUGUCGCCGCUGGAGUACAUGAUGAAGUGUUUCCCUGAGAUCAAGGAGAAGGAGGAGAUGAGGAAGAUCAUCGGGCGCUACGGUCUCACCGGAAAACAGCAGGUCAGUCCCAUCAGGAACCUGUCCGACGGGCAGAAGUGCCGGGUCUGCUUCGCUUGGCUGGCCUGGCAGAACCCGCACAUGUUGUUCCUGGAUGAGCCGACCAAUCACUUGGACAUCGAGACCAUCGACGCACUGGCAGAAGCCAUCAACGAGUUUGACGGCGGGAUGAUGCUGGUCAGCCACGACUUCAGGCUCAUUCAGCAGGUGGCGCAAGAGAUCUGGGUAUGCGAGAACCAGACCAUCACCAAAUGGAAGAGGGACAUCUUGGCAUACAAGGAACACUUGAAAUCGAAGAUCGAGAAGCAAGCGCACGACAUCUAGAACUCGACUACUGAAGGGGCUCUCGUCAUGGUCGUACUGUAACUUCACCUCCUCACAUCAGGCUGCUCUCCGAUUGGCUGACACGGCAUCCUCUGCACAUUCCGGACGCCCCUGGGAUGUGCCGUCAUCAUAGGAACUUUUAUUUUGGCCACAGUUUUACCCUCCAGCAGCUUUUAGGUCAUAUCUGUUUUAUGAUAUUUAAAAGUUGACACGUGCCCCUCCUCCAGUGUAAACGAGCAUCUGCCUUUAUUUAACAGUGUAAUGCAAUAAAGGUUUGUCUGACGAA